AUGAUGUCUGCAAAAGAAAUGGUUAAAGUAAUGAUCGUCCUGUUUGCAAUUUAUGUUUUCGCAAAAUCAGAUGGGAAACCCAUGAUAAGGAGAAAUGUGGCUGAAAUACGGUUAAUGCAUGACCUGCGUCAACUUCUGAUCAAUAAGGCAAGGCGGGAUUGGCUAUGGAGUUUGUUGGCGAGAGUUAACAUGGCAGGUUCUAUAGUUCCCAGGGAUGUUUCCAGGAGGUCUCUAAGAAAGGAAGACAAUGUCCUGUUUGAGAGCCAUCAAAAACGCCUUGCAGAAGCAGACAAAGCUGAUGUGGACGCAGUAACUAAGGUUAAAUCCCAGUGA